AUGUGGCGUCGCAAUUGCUUUGAUACUCAUGCCGACCGCAGGGCCCGACGCACCAACGGUGCCACGCAAACAUUCCGCCGACCCUCACACGCGACCAGCCUUUCCGGAUCAACAACCCAACCAACCUCACGAGACCCUCCUGCGCCACAAAAUACCUCAACCAGCGCCGGCGUAUAUGUCCCCCCACAUGCACAGCCUGGCCGCAAUGGCAGUUCGUUUGAGGGCCGGUAUUCGCGAGAUCAAUUGACGCAGUUGUUCCGGAUACAGCAACAGGCUGGAGACCUCAGCGACGGACUGUCAGAUUUGUACAUGGGCGUAUGGGAACCUCACGCUACCAACGGGGCCUCGGGCGCGUCCUGGGGCCGCAAAGACGAUCAUGGUGGUGGCAGGGAAGCGCCAAGCGGGGUCGACCAGUGCUGGGACAAAGACGGCAGCAUAUUGCCGCUGAGUCUCACAGACAUGACCGACGAAGAGAGAGAGAUCUUCCUUUCGUCUGUCAACUCGCCGCUGAAACCCCCCACGCAGAACAACAACAAAGACGGCACCCCCAAAGAACCUCUGUCACUGCGCAAGUCUUCGGUGUCGCAAGGAGCAGGUACUCCCUACGGUCUGUCCUCGCCCACUACCUCGCGACCGGGCGCUCGACGUCGCGACACCGGCGAAGCCUAUCCCUUCCCCUCCUCCCCCGCUACCUCACGAUUCGCGCGCGAAGAAGGCAGUGCCGUCACCCCGCCGCCUGCUCUGGUACGUCGUCGGACGGAUUACAAGGAGUCUGCAGAGGGUCGUCUGGGUGAAGAACGCGAUCGGGAGAAGGGUGCUGGCGACAACUCAGGUCCUUUUGGUCCUGCGAAGCGCAGCACUACGGCGCCGUUCAGCCCAGGUGCUGGUGCAUCGCCUUGGUCUGCAACGCCUGGUGGUGGCUUUGGUGCAUUUGGAAGCUUCGCCAAUCCACAAGCAGAUAAGAAGCCUGGUUACGGUAGCUUGCGCGGCGAGAGUCGCUUCAAAGGUCUAAUGGGCAAACCAAGUGUUGAGGACUUUGGCAACGGCCCGAAGGACAAAGCUUCGACGAAUAACUUGGGCAAGCUUAGCGAGGCAGAGCCCUCAAAAACUGAUGCAUCGUGGAUGGAGGCCCGCACCAGCCGACCAAUGAGCAGCGACACAGAUCCUUUCCCCGACCAUGACCACCCAACGGGCAGUGCUGCGCUUCGCGGCGAAGACGUUAACCACCGUGAUGACUCUGGAUUAUCUGCAUUCGGAAUGACUACCGACAACAUGUAUAGCAAGAAUAAUUUCACAGAGCAGUCGCCCCUCCGUGGAGCUGGUAACGAGCCCAUGAGCCCAACGGAUACCAAUCCAUACCAAAGCCCGCAUCACGCACGGGAUCAGCAUGACGACUCGGACGACUCCGGCGACCAAAACGCCCACUUUCCUGGCAUGAGCAGCUUCCACAUUGACCAGUCGGUCCACUCAAGCAUUCACAAUGCCUUUGGUGGCCUUGGAGGCCUUGGAAAGGCUGUGCCGUUCGAGACUGCAGCAAGCGAUCGUAGUCAAACCUCCAGCGUUGGCCCCAAUCGAGGUUUUCCCACCUUGCCUGGCCUUGGUGGUGGUCUGCCUGGUCUGGGAGGCGCCUCGGCUUGGCCAUCUCAUACCUUGGGCACCCCAACCCGCGAACGCGGCGGCCUUGGUGGCUUUGAAAGUGCUUUCGGAAACGUAGGUGAAGCUCAGUCGCCUUCUCUAGCUGGCCUAGGCAACAGCUCGUUGUUUGGUCAUGGCCAUGGCACAGUAGGCCGCUCUAGCAGACUCGGCUCCUUGUUUCCAGCUUCUAUGCAAGAGCAGAUGCGAUCCAACGACCCGAAUCGAGCCCCGGUUGACGAUGGCUCUUCGCACGGUGAUCGCCAACAUAGCAUGACUGGCACUUUUGGAAGAAAUGCUUUUGGCGGCCAAGCGCCCGCUCGUGAUACGGAUAGCCCUUUCCGCGCAAACCGCAAUCUUUUCGACGACUUUUCUAAUGCCCAUCAUGACGAUCAUAACUCAACAGGACAGCCCCAGAAUAUAGCUACUACCUCCCUCUCUAUGGCUGCCUUGAACCCGACCAGGACUGCCCAGCCAUCGACCCCAGGCGUUGGAAGCCCGGCUUCCAGCCAACCUCCAGUUCCUCAACAGCGUAUGAUGGUCAUGCCUGAUAGAAUGAGGUGGAUCUAUCGUGACCCAUCAGGCAAUGUCCAAGGCCCAUUUUCUGGUCUGGAGAUGCACGACUGGUAUAAGGCUGGAUUCUUCUCGCCUGAGUUGCUAGUCAAGAAGGCCGAAGAGCCCGACUACGAACCCCUGGCGCAACUCAUCCGUCGUAUUGGCAACUCGCGUGAGCCUUUCUUGGUCCCCCAAAUUGGCAUUCCUCAUGGCCCCGCUUCAUCUCAGCCUGGUAACUCCUGGGCCGGUGCCGGUCCCAGUGCUGCUGCUGCUCCAGGAGCUCAACCUCCGUUUGCAAACAGCUUUCCAAGCUUUGGAACCACUCUUACUGCCGAGCAACAAAAUGCCCUUGAGCGUAGAAAGCAAGAGGAGCAGUACCUCAUGGCUCGUCAGAAGGAACACUUAGCUGCACAGCAACAAGCGCUUGCUCGCCAAGUCCAGAUGGGAGUAAUGCCAAACCAGCUCAAUCACCAUUCCAGUGCACAUAGUCUGCACAGCCAACCAAGCUUUGGUAGUAUCACGUCACCUGGCGGAUAUCAGCCAUCCCCCCCUCAAGGAGCCGUACCAGGAGCACCCGUUCCUGGGCUAAUUGAUAGUACAUUUAGAGCUGGUCCUGGUCCAGUACCUGGUCUGGGCCCUAUUGGCCCUGGUAUGGACAUGAUGAGCAAUCGCAGAGACCAAGAUGUGCCCGCCAUGAUGGAUCGUCUCAACUUGGGACGAAACAAUCAGCCCCAGUUUGGCUUCGCUGGACAACAGCAGGACCAAGAUGCACAUGCGCAGUAUGUGGCCUCAGUGAUCGGCGACCGGGCUCGCUUGAAGCGCGAACAAGCUGAACAUGAUGCCAUGAUUCGCCAGGGCAGUGCUGAAGACGUACAGGCUGCUCGCAAUUUCGCCGAGCGCUUUGCCGAAUUCAACGAGCUGCGAGUCCAGACAGAUAUGGAACAGCCAAAGGCGGUCCCUCCGCCAGAGGACGGUCAAGAACACCAACCUGAAAACAAGGAGCAGCCAUCUUCUACUGGACAAGAGCCACUGUCGCUUACUGAACAAGUGCAGAAGGCUGCUUCUGCUAAGCAAUCCCCUCAAUCUGCAAGUGCGUGGAACAAGGUUGAGCCCGCCAUUUUCCCAUUCCCACCACCACCAUCCCAAUCUCCUCUUCCCGCACCUGCCGCUCAGAGGAAGCCAAUCGUUGCCGAAAAUCUCAAUGCCGAAUCUCGCUCGGGUGCAGCAACUCCAGCCGCCGAUACCCCAAGCGUCUCGGUUGCACCAUGGGCGAAGGAGCCUGUCAAUGCGUCCCAUGGGCCUUCUCUGAGGGAGAUUCAAGAAAUGGAAGCAAAGAAGGCCGCAGAGCGAGAGGCCGUUGCAGCUGCAGCUCGUCGUGAAGCAUUCGAGAAGGAGCUCCAGGCUCAGAAUCAGUCGCCUGCGGUGCAACCUGGUUUGCCUUCCAGCUCUACUUGGGCAAGCGGUGCAUCUCCCGUCACACCUAGUGCAAGCAAUGCUUCUGUAUGGACCAAGCCUGUGGCAAGUAAGGUUGCCGCACAGCCGACUCCAAGUUCCAAGAAGACACUUCAGCAAAUUCAGAAGGAGGAGGAAGCUCGAAAGCAACGUGCCGCAGCUCAAAGUGUUGCUGCAGCUAACGUAUUUGGAUCGCCAGUCCCACCACCAUCUGCUGGAAAGCGAUAUGCUGAUUUGGCGGGCAAGAGCACCCCUGUGUCGCCUGCAGGACCUGCAGGGCCUCCUGGUAGCAGCCCGUGGACCACGGUUGGCGCAAGUGGAAAGGUCAAGGCACCAGGUGUCGCUCGCAGUAGUACUGCAGGAGCACCGUCUGGAAAGCCGAAUGCGGAAGAAGAAUUCCGCAAGUGGGCUGUCAAUGAGCUCCGCCACGAUCUUAACAAGAACAUCAAUGCCGAGGACUUUGUCUCGUCCCUCCUCAGCUUCCCUGCUGACGCCGAACUUAUUACCGAGUCCGUUCACUCCGCCUCUAGUACACUCGACUCUCGCCAUUUCGCCGAGGAGUUUCUUCGUCGCCGAAAGCUAGCAGACAAGGGCAUCAUUGAUGAGCGCAACACCUCUUCUCCUGCCGAGAACAAGGCUGCAGGAAGCGGAUGGUCUGAAGUCGCCAAGAAGGGUGGCGCCAACGCGACCCAGCAGCAGCCCCUGGAUUCGAGCAACUUCAAGGUUGUUGCUCCCAAGAAGAAGACCAAGCGGUAA